AGCCGUCAGUGUGAUCAAAACAAAACGGGCAAUAAAUCUGCAAUCACACGACCAUGCGUUCAUAAAGAGGAACAAUAACAAAAUCAAAAGCCAGAAGCGAAAACACAACAGAAAUAAUCGCAACGCUGGCAAAAGUACAGAAAAAAAGAAGUGUAAAAAAUAUAAAUAAAUAACCGGGCGGCAGCAAGAGAUCCAGCACCCAUUCCCAUUCCAAUUCCGACUUUGGUGCGGUAGGUAAUGACACAUUCGGCAGCCAGCGCACGUAUCUAGAUGCGAGUGAGCAUACGUAUCUGAGUUCGUCAGUGAAAAUCUCACAGUCGCUCCAAUCCACCCGCCUUGCCACCCGCGUCGCUCAUUAAUAUAUGAGUUUUUGAAAGCGGCAUUAAAUAACGAUAAACAAAUCCAUCAGAAUUCGCCAUGGAUCCAUCGCAAAACCUACUCGCCAAACAGUCCAAAGAUGUGGAGUUCCAAGAUGUCUUCUACACCGUUAAGGAGCGCAAGAACUUCUGGCGUGUAACCGGAGAGCGUCAAAUUUUGAACGGAGUCAGCGGCAGUUUCCGGAACGGGCAACUCUCGGCCAUCAUGGGACCCUCGGGAGCCGGAAAAAGCAGUUUGCUUAAUGCGAUUUCGGGUUUCAGGCGCGAUGGCGUUACAGGCAGCAUAAAAAUCAAGAGGGACAAUGCCUGCUAUAUAACUCAGGACGACCAUCACCAGACUCUGCUGACAGUCGAGGAGCUAAUGAAUCUCGCCUGUGACCUCAAGCUAAAACAUCUUCACAAAAAGGCAGAAAUCAUGACGGAUAUCCUGGAGAAUCUGCACUUGAAUCACAGGCGCAAUGUGACAGCAGAAAAGCUGAGCGGUGGGGAGCGGAAGCGACUGUCGAUUGCCUUGGAGUUAGUGGACAAUCCGAACAUCUUCUUCUUGGACGAACCAACCAGUGGCCUGGAUGAAGUGACGGCCGCCCAGUGCAUCCGGUUGCUGCAGGCGAUGGCCAGAGAAGGUCGGACCAUUGUCUGCACCAUCCAUCAACCUUCGGCAACGAUAUACAACUACUUCGAUAGCAUCUAUGUCCUGGCUAAGGGACACUGCGUCUACCAAGGCAGCCCGAGAGCCACCAUUCCCUUCCUGCGACUGGCCCAGCUUGACUGCCCCAGGCAUUACAGUCCCUCGGAUUACAUUAUUGAACUGGUGGACGCCGAGGAUGGCCAUUUGGUUCCAUCCCUCAGCGAGCUGACCGAAAAUGGCAAGCUGAUCUAUGUGUCCAGUCAGUCGGACCAGUUGGGUGCGACGCUGGCAUCUCAGCAGGCGGUCACCACGAUGUUUGUGGAGCAGCAGAAGCGUCCCUUCCUGCCCGCCUUUUUCGCCGGCAGUGCCGCCUCCACGGAUGGUUCGUUAAUUGGAGGAACCAGUGCCCUCUUAGAGCAAGUGAAGGCCUUCUCCAGACGCCUCAAUACGGAUCGGCGGGAUGUAUCGGGACUGCGGCAGUUUGUGGUUCUCAUGCGGGUGAUGCUGCUGCGGAUAACUAGGGCAAGAUUGGCCCUAACCAUCCAACUAUUCCACCAUCUCUUGUGCGGCGUGUUCUUCGGCAUGAUAUUCUUCCAGCUGGGAAACCAAGGUGCCCGUAUGUUCGAUCAUCUAAAGUUCUGCAUCGGUGCCGUCCUCAUGAUUGUCUACACCCAGGUGAUGGUGCCCAUCCUGAGCUAUCCCGCUGAGGUGAAGGUGGUCAAGAAGGAGACCUUCAAUCGCUGGUAUACCCUUACACCAUACUAUUUGGCCUUGACGGUGUCACGUCUCCCAGUUCAGGUGCUUCUAAACAUCACCUUCAUGGCGGUCACCUACUGGAUGUCCGGAUUGCCUCAACAGUUUUGGCGCUUUGCUAUUUUCGUGGCCGUAGGACUAAUGAUAUCCCUGGUUGCCGAGGGGAUGGGCCUGGCUAUAGGUGCCACUUUCAGCAUAACGAAUGGCAGUGUGGUUGGACCGAUGAUGAUUGCCCCUCUAAUGGGACUGGCGGUGUACGGUUUCGACUUUGCGCCGCAAAUUUCGGGCGGAAUGCAGCUGCUUAUGAAGUUCAGUUACGUGCGCGUUGGCGUGGUUUCCCUGAUCUUAGCCGUCUUUGGAUUUCAGCGAGAGGAGCUCGACUGCGAUGAUAUAUACUGCCACUUUAGCGAUCCUCGCGUACUUCUCAAAUUCUUAGACGUGGAAAAGGUGUCCAUGCUUCACCAGUUCGGACUGCUGGCCAUGCUGAUGCUCUUCUUCCGAGUGAUGAUGUACAUUAGCCUGCGAAAGCGUUGCUAUGCCUAAUUUUGCAAAUAAUACUCCAAAUGAAUCUUAUUCCCUAGUUGUAGCCAAUGUCAAUGCUGUGAUGUUCGAUUUUAGACAUUCAGAUAUAUACUCCUUGUACAUACUUAAGCACCAUUCCCCUGACAGGAUAAACGUUAAACGUUAGCCCUAAGUUAGCCUUAAGUUAGAUUCGAUCAAGUCGCCUUAAAUAGUUGCAAAUGUUUGCUGAUAAAAGGCAAGCUAAUUUUAUACAGACACCGUGGUUAAAGUGAUUUCAAUUCGAAUUAUUCAAGAAU